AUGGAUAAAUCAAGUUAUCCUGGUCAAGCCUCCAAGCCCAAGAAAUGGCAGAGGACGGCGUCCGACCUAAGCCCCGCCAUCAAGACGAACAGCGACUCCACAGCUGGCGGCGAGUCCAUCACCAAGCUUGUUAAGAAAGUCUCUCGGUCCUUCAGUGCGAAGACCACCAAUCUUUUCAAGAAGUCGUCCGGACGAUCCUCCGAGGACUCUAGUUCGUCGGUAUCUGGCAGCUCCCAGAAAGGUGGCGCUGGCUGUUUCACCACCGAGUCGUUCGAACAAACAGUGCCCGACGAUUACAGUCUGGCCCCGAGGCCAACUGCUUCUAGCGAGGACGGCCUCUCCUCGGUUAGGUUCUCAACUUGCCCCAGCAAGAGCAGCAGUCAACGCUCGCGAAACAUCAGCGGUAUGCUGAGGACAUGCCGAAAACGUCUCUCAAUUGGAAGCCUCAGAGAUAGCCUUGAUGAGAUGGGUAACCCGGAGAAGAAGAAGCGAACCUCUCCUAUUGUCGCUCAUUCGUCUUCCGGCGCUCCUCGUCUUGGUGCUCUUAGCUAUGAGGGUGCCGGCCCUGACGGCGAGGACAGCAUGUUCACGUUCCGAAACGACCUGGAUCGCGCCAUGAAUGAGAUCACUGAGCGCGGAAAGAUGGCUGACUACGUCAGGGCCAAGGAUUCACCCAACCCUUUUCGAUACUCGAAAAAUCUCGCCGUGCGCGGAAAACCUCUCACCUUCAACAGAGCUACCAACGUCCUUGGUAACAUUGUGAAUCAAAAGCCCCGAUCGAUCAGCCAGAAUGAGUUGGUCAUUUGCAAGAAUUCCGAGAAUGCCUUCAAGGACUUCGAUUUCGGCAUCCGUUCGGAAUUCACCUCCCGAGCGUCAAGCUAUGGUAAGUUGACGACGAUCUCCAGUGGCGGAAGGGGCGCCUCCGAGGACAAGGUCCAGAAGGCUUUCAAUGAGCGCAACGAAAUUCUCGAGAGCGCCAAGAAAGAGUUGGCUAAGUCCUCUCCUCAAACGGCCAAGUUUGUCGGCCAAGUUCGAGAUCUGCCCCUCGAGGCCCGCGACAGGAACCUGACUGUGCCCGGUGGAAUUGGCACCCGUGUUAAGUUGUCAUAUCCCUGGAUCCAGUUCACCAAUGGCCGGCUCGAGGUCUUUGAAACUCGCGAGGCCGCUCUCGGCAGCAUCAAGUAUGAGGUGCAUGCGAUCAAUGACCUUGCGUUCUAUAAUGUAGAUACGAAGACCUACUUCCUUCAACCUCCGUGCUACUUCAUUGAUAGCGAGUACGCCGAGGUCGGCUACCUCCGUGGUCUGGAGCUUGUCUCCCUCAGUUACGAGGCCGGUACUACUAGGCACAAUGCUGCCGCUGAUGCCGCGGACCCCAAUGUUCCUAUCGCCGGCAGGCCUUAUCUCGUCAUGUACAUGGACGAGGAAAAUGACUAUGUCAUCGUCGAUGUUAGGGAUGACUCCAUGAGCAUCAAUGACUUAAUUGGUUUCUAA